UUCUGGUGCUCGGUUUCGAUUUCCUCUGUAUUGUUUACACUUUCAGAAUUUGUAGCUUUUCGGAGCGGCCAAUUUGAUCGAAAAUGCUUCCGUUCUUUCCUUCCUUGCGACCUGCAAUCGCCAAUAAUUUGUGGUUCGCGGCAGAUGAAUGCUGCGAUGAGGAUGCCGAGGUAAAUGCCAUGGAAACUGAACAUCAGGAAUGGCUCAAUCGUAUUUCACAAAUCGGUGCAGAUCUGGUACCGAUCGGGAAGAACGUUAACGAGCACACCGACAACAUGGACUCGGAGGAUGAAGAUGCAAACGAUGAAAGUGACGAUUCCGACAACUCGGACGAGGAUGACGAAGACAUGGAUGAUAAUAAUGCUAUCCGGCCGAACGAACGGUUGGUCAUGGAACCGGCGUACAACAACACGGAUGACGAAAUACAACCGAACGAUACACUCUGAAGUACCAAAAAAUUGUGAUGUCAAAUAAAUUCGGACUUGCUCCAGUAA